UGUAGCAGACCAACUAAGAAGCAGGGAAGCAGGCGACAAUGGAAGCAGAGGGGCGUUAGUAGUCGUAAAUUUAGGUGAUGCUGGACCGUUGCCGUAGAAGGCGGAGUUUGGGACUAGCAGUCUAGUAGGGCUUGAUGCUGUCGUUGGUAUUUAUCUAGACUUUGCAGCAGCGAGCGGGAAGUGAGAGCCAGAAACCAGUAGACCUUCGCUUUCCCCGCAUGAGGAUCUCAUUGAUGCGUGUCUGACACGUCUCGCAGACAGAACCAUGACCACAUCGCUGACGUGUCCGUCUCUUUGCCAAUCUUUCGUAGCGUCUCGUGCGACUAGCUCGCCAGGGCUCGAUUGUUCGCCUGGUAGGCCGAUCUGUCGCACAGGCUUUCUCCGGGAGAACCGUGCGAAUGUGACUCUAUCGAGCGUUCCACUAGGAUUGGCGAUGCCUUUCAAUGGCGCUCCAGAGUUAGUAGCCCCAGCGAGCAGGAGGAUUCAGACACCAGGAAGGUGGGCUCCAGUCCCCGUUAUAGCAGCCGCGGCUUCGGAUUCAGGAGAAUCUUCUAACGAGCCUCCAUAUGCCGUCGUACGUAACGGCCGGUUGUUAAAAGGAGGAGAAGGAAACGCGAGCGGGUGUGAGGAGCCUAUUUCAUUUCCCUCAGGGCCUCGAGCGUUUUUAGAAACCAUGCCGAAAGGCGCCUACACCACUACUCGCACUUUCAAUAGUGGCUCUCACAUUUUCUUGUGGGACUUCCACCUCAAUAGAGUCACCCAGUCGCUGCUGCUGCUCGCCGAAGCUCACCCGGAGCUGUUUCCGAACCUGCCACCAAGCCUGCUGACGGACCUGCUGUCAACCAUUUACGAGGCACAGGGGGAAGAGGUCCGGCACGAGGAGGGCCAGGAAAAUGAGACUCAGAUGCGAGAUACGAGGAGGGCUCGAAACAUGGUUGCUGGCUUGCAGAAGGAGAUAAGAGAUUCCGUGCUUGUGGCUGUGCGGGCGAUGGUGGAGUGUGAUUGGUGGAGGAGGGAAGCGGAGGGAGAACAGAAAGAGGAGCAGCAGCAGCAGCAGCAGCAGGUGGAGGUUUGCCUGAUGAUUCUCCUGUGCGGCCAAGGAGCUGCAGGUGGAGCCGUGUCAGGCGAACCUGCUGCAUCUGGAGCCGUGACCUGUGAACCGGCUGCAUCUGCAGGGACGGCAGGCACGGCUAUAGCCACCCCUCUGUUGCAGGGCGUUGAGGUCUACGUGCAUGCAAGCACUGUCCGCACCACCCCCUUGGCGUCCCUCGCCCUGCCGCCACCCAUCUGUGCUGCUGUCAUGGGGCCUGGCCGCCACACCCCACUCGCUAAGUUCUCCUCCUGGCCCCUCGUCCGCCGGGCAUUGGAGACAGCCAAGCCAGCGGAGGCAAGGGAUGUGAUCCUAUCAACCGACGGUAAUGCACUCCUCGAAGGCAUCACCACGAACCUCUUUAUUGUGGCCCGGACCGAACCUGCGAGUGGCAGUGACACAAGCCAUGGCCCUCCUUGGCGCGGAUACGAGCUCCAAACAGCGUCAUUGGAGAGUGGAAUCCUCCCAGGAAGCAUCCGUCAAGCGAUCAUCGAUGCGUGCGGGGAGAGGGGCAUCCCCAUACGCAUCCAAGCCCCGCAGUGGAGUGAGCGUGCCACUUGGGUAGAGGCUUUUGUUACAAACGCCUUGAGUAUCGUCCAGCCUGUCAGCAGCAUGCUCAUGCCUGCCACGUGGCCUUCUGACAUCGGCUAUGACAGCUGGCAGUCUGUGGACAAGUGGUUGACAUGGCAGGCUCCUACCCUAGAGGAAAAUUAUGGAUCUCGUUCAACAUUCCUUUUGGAACAUGUUAUUGGGCACAUGACUUUUCGAAGUGCAGAACUUCAAGACUUGUUAACAACUGAUGAUUAAUUCUUCCAAAUGUAACAUUAUAUGCUCUCGAUCUCUUCACUUGCGACUAAAACAAAUGAAGCAGUUGCCUGGUUCUGAGUGGGGUCGUCUUCCUGCAGAAGUGUGCGACAUCCGCGUUACAAUUCACAUCAUCAGUGCCGCCGCCAGGCCACCGCAAUAUGGACCA